AUGAACACAUCCGUCACUUCAAUAAAGUUAGUACUAUUGGGUGAAGCAGCAGUUGGUAAAUCCUCAAUAGUUUUAAGGUUUGUAUCGAAUGAUUUCGCUGAAAACAAGGAGCCCACUAUCGGUGCUGCAUUCCUUACUCAAAGAGUCACUAUAAAUGAACAUACCGUUAAGUUUGAGAUAUGGGAUACAGCUGGGCAAGAGAGAUUUGCAUCGUUAGCACCCAUGUACUAUAGAAAUGCACAGGCUGCUCUUGUAGUAUACGACGUGACGAAACCACAAUCUUUUAUCAAGGCACGCCAUUGGGUUAAGGAACUGCAUGAACAAGCAUCGAAGGACAUCAUUAUCGCUUUGGUCGGUAACAAGAUCGAUAUGUUACAAGAAGACGGAGAAAGGAAAGUUGCAAGAGAGGAAGGUGAAAAGUUGGCAGAAGAAAAUGGCCUACUGUUUUUUGAAACAAGUGCAAAAACAGGAGAAAACGUUAACAACGUAUUUUUGGGAAUUGGUGAAAAGAUACCAUUGAAAAACGCUGAAGAACAAAAUAACGCUAAUAAUGAACGUGAAUCGAAUAAUCAAAGAGUGGAUUUGAAUGCUAUUAAUAACGGUGCCAGUGCGAACAGUGGUUGCAGUUGCUAG